UGAUACAAGGUGUUCUUGAAUUGUCAUUACUUGUUCAUUAGGAAAGCUGUAGCCCUGGAUUCUCCUCUGGGCUGAAGGCCAUCGCCCCAUUCCUUUUCUCCUAGCCGGGCUAGCCACAACCAUCUUCACCACCCCUCCCUCGUACACACCCAUCUCCACCUUCCCCUUUCACCAUCACAAACUCCGUCUCGAUCUCCCAACUUCCCAUCCAUUUUCACAUCCUUCCUCACCCCUCUCCGUCCACUUCCAUUCUAGUCUAUGCAGAUGUUAGAACAUAAAUGUUUUGCUUUUUGUUUUUUUUUUAAUUUUUUUUAAUUUUUUUUGUUUUUGUUUUGGGUUUUGUGAGGUGUGAUUUAGGUUUUGUUUUAAUUUAUUGCUGGCCCAGGUGUAGUCCAUGUGGCAAUAGUUAACGAAAACCGUUUAAAGUCAACUAGAUUUAACGUCAGUGAAAGUUGAGUCUGAGUUUAGUCAUUCAAUUGCAAGUUCACUUGCGUUUAAUCACCCAUUUGCAAGUUUUUUUAGUUUGAUAAUCUAUUUGCAAGUUGGGCUUCAGUUGGAUGAUCAAAUAGCCAUUUAACCCUAUAAUAUAGUAUGUAUGUAUGUAUUCUGCAGUUGCCUUGAAUUGCCUUCUUUACUAUUCUCUUGGUCUCUUUUAUUUCCAAAAUUUCAAAGAUAGAGCAGUCUAUAUCUUGAAGCAGAGUCGAUGUGAAAUAGGUUCAAAAGAGAAGGGUUUUAUAUCUGAAUCUUUCUGCACGUAUGCGUCAAAUUAGGAGUAGAAGAGAUGAUGAUGUAUCCCUGACACAGAAACUAAUUUUUCUCUCUUUAUAAGGAGAUUGCCACGGCAAGGCUACUAAUUAAGUAAAUAAUCAAGGUAAAUGGAAAGAGUCCACUUCAGCUAUGUCCUUCCCCAUGUAUGCAGUUCUUUGACGUUAUUACAAAUGUAAAAUUUGAUGGUCAAACUAUUCCAAGCUGAUUUCCUCUUUUAUUUUGUAUGGCAAGGCUAUGAAAAAUUGAGGGACGUUGUCUAAUAAUUUAUAAGAUGAACAACCCAAGAAAAAAGUACGGUUAUGUAGUCAUGCAAGCCUGCGGAUUUCUGUUUUACAAUGCCGGGCAUCACUUGAAUCAUAGAUAAGUUUGCAUUUUUUAUAAGAAAGUUGCUUAGGUGUGUUUCUUGACACAGUUUUAUUGUUUAUAAUUACUUUUGGUUUUGGUGGUUAAUUGGCUAUGUCACUUUGCAAUAUCUGAGUAAAUUGGAUAAUUAUUAAUUCCGGUUGAAUGGAGGAAUCAAAAAAGAGAAGAGAAAGGCUGAAAGCAAUGCGAAUGGAAGCUGCUCAGAGUGGUGCAGAUAGUGAAGGUGGGAAUUCUUCUCGGACACAAGGCCUCCCUAAUCCAUUGCUUCAAACAGCUGCAACUAACCAAGAAUCAUGUCCUCAGAGGUUUGGUUACUCCACAGACCCAAUGGCAGCAUUUUCAGGAAAUAACAGGAGCAAGGUCAGCCAGAAUAUUGCACAGGAACAUCUUGCACCUUCAGUACAACAGAUUACUCCUUGGCCCCUUCCAAGUCUAGGUAAGUAUCAACAACAGGAAUCUGUCUGGAGUCCAAUGGGAAUGGUUCGUCCUUCUGGCAUGCAGCCUGGAACACCUCAUGGUGCCUGGAAUGGACAUGGUUCCACAUAUGGCUACAACAUUCAAAUUUUAUCAUAAUUCAAAUUUCUUAGAAAAAUCUCAUUAUAAGAUCGACUCAGAGAGAAUAUGCAUGCCUUCUUAAUUAGUAUAAUAGCACAGAGAAAAAUACCAAGUGCUGUGAUAUAUUUAAAAUUUUAGUUUUGUUUGUAAACAAGUAUUAUUUUACUCCUUGCAAGUUUACAAGUGCAUUUUUUUGUCUUUCCAAAUUGAUAUGUGUAGGUGGAAAUAAAACUCUUCUAUUAAUUUAUUUAAAUUAAGAGAUAAAGGUGCUCAUUUUUCUCAAAUCUGAAAUUUUUUUUGCCCAUGCCAGCAUGAAUUUUUUUUCGUGCUUAAAAAUUUGACAAGUUUUUCUACUCAUAUUUGCAGUUUUUUUUCCCAGCUCCAAAAGGCCAAAUUCACACAGAUCAUCCCAAGAGUACAUCCCAAGAAUGUAACACUUCCGGUGUUAAGAAUCUGAUAUAAGCAUUUAAUGAAGCUGGUGCAGAAAAAAUGAGUGAUGGAAAAAAGCUGCAAUUCUUUAAUGAAAGACCUGUUGAACCUUUCAUCGUCAACUGCCGAGCAAUCAAGAAAAUGCAGGAACAAUACUGUCUAUAAUCAGUUUGCCAAGUUUCAGCCUAGAGCUUUUGCACAUGUUCAGUGAUAACGGUGGUCGUGUUAGCAUGAAGACGGAUUCAACGUCGUCAAUAGGUUUUGCAAUCCUUUUUAUGAUAGGUCAUGUUGCGUUGAUCCGUGUAUGCAUCAGGUAGUAUCCAUCAAAUUCCUCUUGCGACGAUGCUUCGACAAAAGAUGAUGUCUCGAAGUCAAAAAGAGAAUAACACCAUUCGCCGUGAAAUAG